AUGGCCUAUGACAGAUAUGUAGCCAUCUGUAAGCCUCUCUAUUAUCCUGUCAUCAUGAACAACAGGGUGUGUAACAUACUGAUACUUGGCUCCUUAAUGUUUGUGACUCCAGUCAUGAUAGGAGAGACAUACCAGAUAUUCACUCUGCCCUUCUGUGGUCCAAAUGAACUCAAUCAUUUAUUCUGUGAUGUCUCAUCAUUACUGAAGUUAGCCUGUGCAGACACUUCAGUGAAUGAAUUUUCAUUUUUUGUUAAUUCUGUACUUUUUGGCAUUCUUCCCUUUUUUCUGAUACUUGUUUCCUAUAUUAGAAUCAUUAAUACAAUCCUGAAGCUGCCAUCGGUGGGAAGACAGAAGGCUUUCUCAACAUGUUCUUCUCACCUUAUAGUUGUGGGCUUAUUCUAUGGGUCUGUUAUUAUUACAUAUUUACAACCCAAGUCAAGCCACUCAGCUGAAAAAGACAAAAUGCUCUCUCUUUUGUACACCAUUGUGACACCAACGUUUAAUCCCAUGAUUUACACUUUGAGGAACAAGGAUGUCAUUACUUCACUGAAGAAGAUCAAAACAAAAGGACUGUUUUCAAUAAAGAAAUAG